AAAACGAAUAAACCAGCCUGUGAUAGAGCUGUGAGCACUACAUUUCACCUCAGCUUUCUCUCUUUUUUCCUCUUCAUUCCUCUCCUUCCUCCUAACACAAACCAUAGCUUCUUCUACUUCUUCCUCCUCCUCUCACAAUGACCUCCAUUAUCCAGACCUUCCACAAGGCAUGCACAUCAAGCCAUGGUCUCCCACUCUCCCAUACUGACUCAUCCUCCCAAGAUCAAGGCCUCCGCCGAAGGCUUUCCUCUCUAUCCCUCAAAAUCCACCCCAUUACUUCCCCUGCAACUUCCUGGUCUUUCCCGCGAUCCAAAUCUAUGUCUUCUGUGGGAGAAUAUGCAGGAAGCUCCAUCAGGAAAUGGUGGGAUUGGGGUUGGUCUUGGAUCCUCUCAAGAAAGCCUGUUUUCGCUAAAGAUCUUGAAAUGAAUGAAGAAGAAACUAGGAUUCUUGGUUGCCAAAACAAAGGAAGCUGGAGACAUGUGUUCUACAAAGCUAGAUCAGAGAUUAGAAAGAUUGUGAGAUCUAAUGACAAAGUUGGCCUUCCUCAAACUUACAGCUUAUUGGGCUGUAAUUGCAUACAUACACCAUUGUUACAUAUCCUGCUAAAGGCCUGUGUUGGUUUUCCUAGUCAGCCGGCCGGUGAACGGAUUUCAACCGGUGACUCUGCUUUGUAUAAGGUGGGGUUUUGCCAAGUUUGAGCGGAUCCAAUUGAUAUAGAGAAAGAGAGAUGAAGUUGAUGAAUUCUGGAAAUCAAGUUUGAAGAAGUUGGUGGUGUUAUUUGAAAAAUGUCAUUUUACUUCGGUGGGCAGCAAAAUUAAAAGUUAAUUAAUAGUAGAAUUAAUUGUUGUUAUUCUAUUAUUAUUGUUAUUCAUCGUUUGAUUAUAUUUUUUUGAAGGGUUUCAUUGUAUUUUUUACAAUAUUAUUGUGCAAUUUAUAAUAUAAAAUUAGUUGUUCUUUCUUGUUCA